GACUCGGGUCUCUUCCAUGGAUGGUAUAUAGGUCUUUUUUUAUUAUUAUUUGUUGUAGGUAAAUGUGUCAUUCUGCUCCUUCCGUCAUUUUUUAACACAAAGUUUCGCCGUAAUUUUAAUCUGCAAAAUCGUGUUUGGUAGUUUAAAUCAGUUUGGUGUUUUUAUUCCUGAUGUUCGGAUGUGAUCUGAACUCACGUGGUUCAGCAGAAUCCGGUUUAAAACAGAUGAGUUGAAUGAAGACGGUUCGUCGCGUCUUGCAGGGAUGUCGACCACCUCUCAGAAACACAGGGAUUUCGUGGCUGAGCCGAUGGGGGACAAACCCGUCACUGCUCUCUCAGGGAUCGGAGAGGUGCUGGGCAGAAAACUGGACCAACAAGGCUUUGAUAAAGCGUAUGUGGUCCUGGGUCAGUUCCUACUGUUGAGGAAAGAUGGAGAGUUGUUCUCCGAGUGGCUGAAAGACGCCAGCGGUGCCAACACUCGCCAGGCGUCGUCCUGUGCCCAGUGCCUCAGAGAGUGGUGCGACGCCUUCCUGUGAAACCAGCCGACCAUCCUCAACACACCAAUAUGAAAAAAAAAAAACCCAACUCCACCACUCUGUUUCCACUGUCGGGCUGGUCGUCUACUGACACAUAAAAUGUUGAAAAAGUGCUCUUUGUGUUUUAUAUAAUACCAUUUUAUUGGAGAAAGUUUAAAUAAAAGGGUUGUAUAUUAACAGCAGUAAACUGCUUCACAGAUCUACCUCGUCUGCUGAGUUUAAACCUUUUCAGGCCACAUUUAUAUAACAAAUACAUUCACUUCAGUUUUAAAAAGUCAAUGGUCCUCCCAACUCCACUGGUACCGUUUUACAAUCGCUUAAACAAACCAUCUGGAGAAAAACAACAACCUUGAGGUCAAUGCACAAUAAGGGUGUUCACGGAGGACAAAAUGGCUGCAGAUGGCAGGUACACUUACAUGGCUAUCGAAUAAUGUGAAGCUAGCUAAGGUAAUACUGAGACAUAAACUGUCUUGGGUUAUCCCAGUCCGAAUAGUCUCAGGUUUGUCUUCAAUACAAUCACACUUUCUCAUUCAGACAUGAAAAAAUAACGUUUCAUGGGUUGCCGUGCAUGUAAGGAAAGUUUAUGCUUCUGUUUUCGAACUAAAAUAUCUCAAAACGCCACAUGAAACAUUUAAAAGAAAAACGCUUCAUUCAUGUUGGUCUUUUUCUGUGUGAAGACACCAAAUCUGUUUGUUAAACACCUUUUCUUUGGAAACCAAAGUUCCUGUUUGACACACAAACCCAGACAAGCUAUUGCCACAUCCAGUCAUAGAAAAGUGAUUCAGUGACCUGAAGUCUGGAGCUUUUACAAAAAUACAU